CAGCAUGGACUAUGACCAAAGCACCAGUGGCCAGCCUGAACAGCAACAAUCACCUUCUGCGAACAACCCUGAAGAUCUGCCUUCUCAGAAUUACUUCGGGAAAGCAAGUGAGACACCGCUUCUUCAGUCCCCUGAGAACACAGCCCAGGCUCAGCCUGAAACAAAGCUCUGUGAUGUAUCUGAGGAGCUGAGCCAACAGCUGGAGGACAUUAUUAAAACCUACGGAUCAGCUGCCUGUCUGGUGGAGGAAGGGAAUAUGAAAGCAACAGACGGAGCUGAGAAAGGAGACUUGUUUAGUCCCGAAGAUGGGGUCUAUGAAGAUGGCCAUGAUGAGCCUGAGAAAGACCAGGCCCCUUUGGGGGACGGCUCAAAGGAGGCCAGUAUUCCAAAAGAACAAAAACUGGAAAAGAAAAUCUUGAAAGGAUUAGGAAAAGAGGCUACCCUGCUGAUACAACAUCUGACCAAGCUGAAUACAGCAGAAGAAAAAUUGGAGCUCUUAUUUAAGAAGUAUGCAGAACUGUUGGAAGAACAUCGUUCUGAACAAAAAAAGCUGAAGUAUCUGCAGAAAAAACAGGCCCAGCUCAUGAAGGAAAAAGACCAAUUACAGAGUGAACACAGCAGAGCCAUCCUGGCCCGGAGCAAAUUGGAGAGUCUUUGUAGGCAACUCCAAAGACACAACAAAACCCUGAAGGAGGAGACACUUCAGCGAGCAAGAGAAGAAGAAGAAAAGAGGAAGGAGAUCACGAAUCAUUUCCAGGGCACACUGAAUGAUAUCCAGGCACAGAUUGAGCAGCAAAGUGAGAGGAACAUGAAGUUGUGCCAGGAAAAUUCUGAGCUGGCUGAGAAACUGAAAAGCAUCAUUGAUCAGUAUGAAGUCAGAGAGGAGCAUCUUGAUAAAAUAUUUAAGCACAGGGAACUUCAGCAGAAACUGGUAGAUGCCAAGUUGGAACAGUCACAAGAGGUUAUGAAGGAAGCUGAAGACAGGCAUCAGCGAGAAAAGGAAUAUCUACUUACCCAAGCAGCAGAAUGGAAACUACAGACAAAAAUGCUAAAGGAACAAGAGACUGUUCUCCGGGCUCAGCUGACACUCUAUUCUGAACGUUUUGAAGAAUUUCAGAAAACGCUAACAAAAAGCAAUGAAGUGUUUGCCAACUUCAAGCAAGAAAUGGACAAG